GGGGGGGGGUGGGGGGGGGGUACUGUCAUGCCCUGUCCUUAGUUAUCUUUGUUUUCUUUAUUAUUUUAGUUAGGUCAGGGUGUGACAUGGGGGAUGUUUGUGUGUUUUUGUCUCGUCUAGGGUGUUUGUAUUGUCUAGUGGGUGUUUGUAGAGUUCAUGGGGUUGUGUUCAUUGUAGGUGUUUAUGUAAGUCUAUGGUUGCCUAGAUUGGUUCUCAAUUAGAGACAGCUGUCUAUCGUUGUCUCUGAUUGGGAGCCAUAUUUAGGCAGCCAUAGUCAUUAGGUAGGUUGUGGGUGAUUGUCUAUGUGUAAGUUGCCAGUGUCUGCACUUAUUGUUUUCACAGCUUCACGUUCGUCGGUUUGUUGUUUUGAUUAGUUUGUAUAGUGUUUGUUUCGUUUUCGUCUUCGUCUUCAUUAAAGAAGAAUGUAUUGUUAUCACGCUGCGCCUUGGUCCUCGUCACUUAAAUGUUACGACGAACGUGACACUUGCACUCACUCAGUAGUUGACAGGAAGGAUAUGUAAUGGCUUGACAUACAUCACUUAACUUGACUUAAACAACUUGAUCCAUCUCCGGUUUAUUUUACUGACACUGCAAGUUCCUGGACAGUGAUGUUGAAGGAGGAUAUGGAAGAUGAGGCUCACUCCAUGCCUUAAAGGGGCAAUCUGCAGUUGCUAUAUACUUAUACAUAAAUUAUAUGUAUCCAUUAAUUCUUAAAGAAUAUAUCUUAGAAUUUCUUCAUGAGCUUAGUUCAAAUGGAAUACCCCAUCAGAACCCAAAAUAUAAGCUUGUUUUACUCCAGUGUUUGUAAACAAAGUGUAAAUGUAAAUAAACACUAUAUAUCCUCAAAAUUUUGAUAUCAUGGAUGGUCAGUCUUGCAUCCAUAGUUCUGUCUAUGAAUUUAAGAGUGGUUACAAUUCUCCAGCCACAUCCCUCAACUUUGGCCAAAACAGGAAUCGGGGAGUUCUCUUUUAUUUUUUUAAUGGCUUCAACUGCUGAUUGCCGCUUUAAGAUCAAAGGUCAAACUGUGCACAAGAAGGCCCAAGCAAGACGAAGGUUGGUCAGAUCAACAAUUCUGUGUAAUAUGUGCCUUUUAUUCUAGGUUAGUGACCUAGAUAAUUUUGAGGCAACAGUUUUACUGAUAUGUUUGUCGUUUCCAUGUAAUGUGUGAAAAUAAAAAUGCUUUUGACUUGUGCAUUUCUGAAGAUGAGAAACAUUUAAGAUAAUUUGAACUAAUUGAAGUAUAUGUAUAAUUGUUAUAUUGAAUUUCUAUUAAUAAAGACCAUUCUACUUUAAAAUUGGAAUACACAUCCGUUUAACAUUCACAGACCCCAUUGACGGCACAAAUGAGUAGCUUCUGAGAAUGCAUUUCUUAAAGACAACAGCCUAAUCGAGCAGAUUCCCUUGAUGCGAUUUCAGACAAUCAUCUAUUGCAACCCCUUUUGAUCAUGAAACGUCUAGGCCUCCUCAGACAGGGGGGGCACACGUCAGACCACAAUCAUACGACCUUUGAAACGUCAACAUGGAGAGAACACAUAAGUGAUCAAUACGGUGAAAAUGAAGGCAACAUGAAAACCAUCUGAAGAGUUUCGUGUUGCGGAGGAAAGGAUACUAAUACGUCCUACUUGGUCCUGUGUUUCUAAUCAAUAGCAAUAUCACUGUACAUUUUGGAUCGAAGUUUCUAGCAUUGGUGGAUUAACAAAUACUUGGGCGGAUCGUGCCAGCCAGAAAAAACGAACAAAUGUCAACGUCUCCCUCAAACUGGCUAGCGUGGAUCCCGGUGUGGCUGCCAUUUGACUCCAACCCUUUCGAUUGUGUAUUGCAAGGUCUGGUUGGUGCAUGUGGAAUAUCAGUGUUCUAUAAUCUCAUGAGAGUUCACCUACUCUUUCAGUCAAUCAGCAGUGGUUCUGGAUGUAAUGAGGACAGUAAAGACAAGGGAAGGUCAGAGUCUUCGCCUGCAGCAGGGAACAAGCCGUUGGGGGGACAUGGGUUGAGUGGUGUGCUGCAGUUUUGGUUCCUGACUGGCCUCCUGUCUCUGGUCGGCCCCCGGGUCUCCUCCCUAGUGGUCCUGGAGUUCUCCCUCAGGGCCGUCGCUGCCUGGAUCACUGCAGGACCGGAUAUCCUCCCAGGCAGCACCAAGCUCAUGCUGGUCCAGUGCCAGUUUUCUCUAGGCUGUGCUCUGAGCUGCAGUCUCCACUUCCUCCAGGAGGGGGCUCCCCAUCGCUCCCUCAGCCUCCUGCUGGCGGCUGGCCUCAGCUGGCUGCUGGCGGGUCACUGCCACCUUCUCUGGGGCCACGUCUCCAGGCUCUACCACCUACACAGCUCCCAGCGCUACUGUGGGGUCUGCAUCACCCUUCUGAACUCCGGCCACUCCCUGCUUCCCUCGCUGCAGAGAGCCGUGCUCCUGGCCUUUGCCGUGGCCGGCAUGGCCAGCCUCGCCAACGUGCACCACCAAUUCCUGUCCGAGGCGGAGUCUCUGAGGUUCUGGACACCACUGACCAUCUGCUACACCCUGUUGGUGGUCUACGUCCAAGAGGAGCGGAAUCGACGCCCUGGUAGUGAGGCCUUGCUGCACACGGUGGCUUUGCGUCUGGGAGCCCUGCUGGUGCUCAUGCUGAUGGUGGGCCGCUGGACCGACAUGCUCCACAUCCUCAUCACCUUCCUGGGGGAAUUUGUCUGUCUGUUGCCUUCUCAGGACCUCCUCCGAGCCCUGCCCCAGGGACGGCGAAAACAUUUCACAGGGGUGGAAGCAGAAGAAGACAUUCCCAGCAGAUCUGCCCGGCACUCCAGCAGCACACAGCAGCACAUGUCACCAAGGAGAAGCCUGUGCUCCAUAUCAUCAGACAGAGACACACAGAGAGACUAUCAGGCUGCAGAAUACCACAACACAGACCAGUCCUUGUUUCAUUCUACCUCAGAUAGAGAAAAAUAACUAUUACAUCAAACACAGCUAUCUACUGGCCUGUCUCACUCAGUGAUAUGUUGAAAUCCAACAAUGUCCCCAUUUAUACAGACAUAUUCAUCUUUGAUACUGUUUUGUCCAAUAGACGUACACAAUUUUUGUCAUAAAUAUUAGCAAUAUUAAAAUAUGAAUGGUUGUUUAUGACCUUGUUAUGACACUGUGUGGUUUGGACCAGUGAAGGGAGACCUAAACUUGCUUACACAAGGGCACUGAUCUGUUGUUUCUUUCCUCUGUCUUCUCUUGAAUUAUUAACCAGUCUAUUACCACAGUGACAAGGAUGUGGUUGCUAGAGCCACAAAUAUACAGUUUGUUCUCUGGCUAAGUGGCUUAUAUAACACUCUAACUUUAUGGUAUAGAUUUGAGCUGUAGCUAGGAGUUGUAGUCUAUUUAGCUUUACCAGAUGUCCUGAGUUGACUAUUCAAAAUAUAACAAUUGUGAUGAUCAUUUCUAUUAUUUAAGAGGGGUGAGUAUACAGUGAAAGAUAGAAGGUGGUAAGGAAGUGGUUGAGUGGUAAGUAAAAUGGGGGAAUGAUGAGAAGGAGAGGGUUGAAGAUGGGGAUGAACUCAAAGACCAGAGGGAGAGGUGUGUGGUAACUGUUGUCUCUACUGGGUGUACCUUGUCCCUUCAAAAAGUAGUCAUCAGCACACCCAGUUGCGCAAUCCUAGUAGAUUUACAUUUUAGUCAUUUAGCAGAUGUUCUUGUCCUGGGCAACUUACAGUCAAACAGGAAGUACAGACAGGAAUCAUGCUUUAUCAACCAAACGAAAGAGAAAUUAGACCAUUAUUUGGUUAAUGAUGCCAGCGUUAUGUCUAGGGUUUUAAAUAGUUGCGAAUAAAACCAGAUUAAAGUUGAGAACAGCUUUUUAUAUGUGGCCAGGGCCACACAAAUGGUUUCUAAAAUGCAAAUCAUGCCUACAUGCCUUUUCUGUCCUUUUACAAACACACUUGUUGUGAAAUGUUCAUCAUCAUCCUGUUUGUGUUUCCCUUGGAGUCACCCUAUUUGUACUGAAUAAACCAAAAGGCGAUUUAUUUCAAAGGGAUGUAACAUUAUGUGCUGUUUCCCUACAAUGGCCAUCUCUUCUCUUACAGAAAUAUUAGAGUUGUGUUGUCAGUUUCCCCAUUUCUGCAUCUGGGUUCUUGAUGAAGGGAAGUUGUGGGGGAGGGGCCUAGAUUUUAGGGGCUGAUGUCAUAACAGGGUAUGCCCUCCUGCAGCUGUGACAUCACCACAGAGUAGCAUUCCAUUUGUCAGACACUGGAACAACACAGACCCCCUGACCCAGCUCCCAUUCUGGUAGCUCUUCUCUCUCUCUCUCUCUCUCUCUCUCUCUCUCAAUUCAAUUUCAAUUCAAGGGGCUUUAUUGGCAUGGGAAACAUGUGUUAACAUUGCCAAAGCAAGUGAGGUAGAUAUUAUACAAAAGUGAAAUAAACAAUACAAAUUAACAGUAAACAUUACACAUACAGAAGUUUCAAAACAAUAAAGACAUUACAAAGGUUAUAUUAUAUAUAUACAGUGUUGUAACAAUGUACAAAUGGUUAAAGCACACAAGUUAAAAUAAAUAAGCAUAAAUAUGG